AUGGCCACCCCUAGAGUCAAAGUGCGGAAAUGGCACAACGCCGAGCUGGAUGCCGGCGUCACACUCACACCACCGGCGAGCGAAUUCGGAGGAGGGCCCGAUCGGAUCAGCAACCUGCCCGUCGACGCUCUCCGCAGCAUCGUCUCGCUGCUCCCCACCAAGGACGGCGCCCGCACCCAGUCCGUGUCCACCCGGUGGCGCCACCUCUUCCGCUCCGCCCCGCUCAACCUCGACGUCGAGCUCCGCCGCGAGGACGAGCCAGCCCCAACCCCAUCCAGCCUCGUCCCCCGCAUCCUCGCCGACCACCAGGGGCCUUGCCGCCGGCUCUCCCUCACCUGGUACGGCUACAAGUGCGACAUUGUCCCCGCACUGCUGAACCGCUGGCUCCAGUCGCCAGCCCUCAACGGCCUCCCCGAGUUCCAUCUGCGGCACAACCGCACGGCAAACAGCGAGGAUGAGGACUUGUGGCGAGCGCAUUACACGCUGCCGCCGUCCGUCCUCCGGUUCGCGCCCACCCUCCGCAUCCUCAGCGUCAAGUGCGCCUGCCACAGGAUCCGCUUCCCCUGCGUGGCCGGCGGCGAUGUACAGUUCCCCCACCUCAAGCAGCUCACGUUUAAAGGUGUCAUCAUCUCGGAGGCCGACCUCCACGGCGUUCUUGCCGGAUGCCAUGUGCUGGAGAGCUUGGUGCUUAGUGAGCUGGAUGGCGUCUCUGGCGUUCGGAUCAGCUCCUCCACCCUAAGGAGCCUAGGUGUCUCCUCUGGUUUUGGACAUGAGCCAGAAGAAGUGUUGGAACAGGUGAUUGUUGAGGAUGCCCCGAACCUAGAAAAGUUCUUCCUAGAUGGAGCAGAGUACUGCCUAUCGAUUUGCGUCGUUUGGGCACCCAAACUGGAGUUCUUGGGUUCUCUGCCACGAGGUUUCACCACAGCCAAGCUCCAAGCAGCAUUUCUUCAGAGAACUGCUGCUGCCAGCUUGAUGAGUGUGAUGCGAACCGUCAAAGUUUUGGUUUUGCGCAUGUCACCUCCCAGUGUUGAUGACCUCAUUAACUUCGUCACAUUCUUUCCUUGCGUGGAGAAGUUAUAUGUUGUGUUAUCUCGGGACGGGGCAUUCAAAAGAAAACGGCAUCAUUUUCCACUCGGUUAUAUCAUUUAA